AUGAUGCAAACAACUCUGGAGGAUCAGGAACGCCAUCUGCUGGUGAAGGUUAUAGAUCGCGUGCUGUACAAACUCGACGACUUGGAACGCCAUCUGCUGGUGAAGGUCAUAGAUCGCGUGCUGUACAAACUCGACGACUUGGUGCGCCCAUAUGCUCACAAAAUUCUUGUUGUUAUUGAGCCUCUUUUGAUUGAUGAGGAUUACUACGCGCGUAUUGAAGGAAGAGAAAUCAUCAGCAACCUUGCAAAGGCUGCAGGCCUGGCCACUAUGAUCGCCACCAUGCGUCCUGAUAUUGACCAUCCUGAUGAAUACGUGCGAAAUACAACCGCCAGAGCUUUCGCUGUGGUGGCGUCGGCGUUGGGGGUGCCGUCUCUGCUGCUGUUUUUGAAGGCUGUUUGUCAGAGCAAGAAGUCGUGGCAGGCCCGUCACACGGGUAUAAAGAUAAUUCAGCAGAUAGCGAUUCUGUUGGGUUGUGGCGUGUUGCCUCAUUUGCGUCAGUUUGUUGAAAUCAUUCAACACGGCCUGGAUGACCCUGUGUUAAAGAUAAAAACUGUCACUGCUUUGGCGUUGGCAGCGUUGGCUGAGGCUGCUGCCCCUUAUGGUAUCGAAGCUUUCGAUUGCGUGCUACGUCCUCUGUGGAAGGGGAUAGGUGAAAUAAAGGGGAAAAGUUUAGCAGCGUAUUUGAAAGCCAUUGGGUCUAUUAUACCCCUUAUGGAUGCCUACCACGCCAGCUACUAUACGCGGGAAGUUAUGGUGAUGCUUGUGCGCGAGUUCGAAACAAAUGACGAAGAAAUGAAAAAGACUAUACGCGGGAAGUUAUGGUGA